AAAAACCUAAACCAACUUAUCUCGCAAGUCACAAAAUCGACAAAAGCCCACCUCCUUCUCCUCGAAGAAAUCUUUAGCUCCUUGCGACCUUAAAUACAAACACUCACACUCCUACAUAAACAAAGAAACGACACGCAAACUCGAAAACCCAGAAAAGAAAAAACACCAAACUACCAAAGAGAUCCAAUCCUAUCAAAGAAACAUGAGAAUCACUGUAAUGACAGUAGGUGAACAGAUCAUAUCUCUUGAAGUUGACCCUCAUGAAUCUGUUGAAAACGUGAAAGCUUUACUUGAAGUAGAGACGCAGGUGCCACUCCAGCAGCAGCAGCUGCUCUAUAAUGGGAGGGAGAUGAAGAAUAAUGAUAAAUUAAGUGCAUUGGGUGUUAAGGAUGAGGAUUUGGUCAUGAUGGUCUCUAAUUCUGCUGCUAUUAGUGCCCCCUCCAAUAAUCUUGGCUUAAAUCCUGAUGGAUCUGCUGUGAACCCUGGAGCUUUCCAGCAGCACCUUCGAAGUGAUUCUAAUACAAUGGCUCAACUAUUUCAGGCUGAUCCUGAACUUGCCCAAGCUGUUCUUGGAAACGAUCUCAACAAACUGCAGGAACUUCUUAGGCAACGCCAUCGCCAAAGAUCUGAAUUACGACGUCAACAAGAAGAGGAAUUUGCCCUCCUUGAAGCAGAUCCCUUUGACGUAGAGGCACAAAAGAAAAUUGAAGCUGCCAUUCGUCAGAAAGGAAUUGACGAGAACUGGGCAGCGGCCUUGGAAUACAACCCUGAAGCUUUUGCCAGGGUGAUUAUGUUGUAUGUUGACAUGGAGGUUAAUGGUGUCCCUUUAAAGGCAUUCGUUGAUAGUGGUGCUCAGUCCACGAUAAUAUCAAAAAGCUGUGCCGAGCGAUGCGGAUUGUUGAGACUUCUAGAUCAACGAUACAAAGGCAUUGCUCAUGGAGUUGGACAAUCGGAGAUAUUGGGUCGUAUUCAUGUAGCUCCAAUCAAGAUUGGGAAUAUAUUUUAUCCUUGUUCCUUCAUGGUACUGGAUGCUCCUAACAUGGAAUUCCUCUUUGGGCUUGAUAUGCUCCGCAAGCACCAGUGUAUUAUUGAUUUAAAGGAGAAUGUUUUGAGAAUGGGUGGUGGAGAAGUUUCUGUACCAUUUCUGCAAGAAAAGGACAUUCCUUCUCGUUUUCUUGAUGAAGAGAGGUAUUCAAAAGAAGCAUCCAGCUCUGGAAACCCAGUGACAUCAGGAACAACAGUGAAGAAGAAUGAUCCACCAGCUGGAGGUCAAUCUUCUGGAGUUGCACGCGGUGGCGCGACACAGGGACCUGACUUUGAAGCCAAAGUUGCAAAGCUUGUUGAGCUAGGGUUUGGAAGAGAGGCAGUUAUACAAGCUCUUAGAUUAUUUGAUGGAAAUGAAGAACAGGCUGCUGGAUUUCUUUUUGGCGGCUGAAGAUUAACUUGUUCUUUCAACGAUUAUUCAUUGUGGGAACCAUAUUCAUUUUGGUAAUCUAAUAACUUUACAAUUGAAGAAGCUUUGUACCAGAUUUGAACAAUCUAUACCCUCAAAACAAGCCUUGCAAUUCAAAUGAGAAGCAGAUUAGUGGCCGGUGGCCCUCAAAAAUUUU